AUGGAGUGCACGAAUAGAGAUUGUCUUGCAACUAUCAAGCUCACGGAUUUGCCAGAGGGAACGAUAAUAAAUCCAAAUGGGAAGCCUGAGGAGUUUUGUUGGUACGAUCUGGAUCCAGAAGAGAUCUUCUACCCAUCGGCCUCAACACUAAGGCGACUUACGGAGAGCUUGAAAUCAGACGUGAAGAAACCUUUUGUGCCGCCCGUAAGGCAUGAUGCUCAUGGAAAUAUCAUCAUGCGUUGUCCUGGGCAGAAACAAUGGGUCAAAAUGAUGUAA